CUUCCAAUUGCUUUUGCAAGGAAUAACAUAAUAUUUGUAGCACUUCUUUUUCCCUUUCAGCAACUGGGUUUGGAGAACACAAUUCAUCACAUAGGUUGAAUCUGAAAACAAAAAGAAAAGAAAGAUGAAGGACGCAGAUGUUUCAAGGCAGAUCCAGCAGAUGAUCAGGUUCAUCCGCCAAGAGGCUGAAGAGAAAGCUAAUGAAAUAUCUGUUGCUGCUGAAGAAGAAUUCAAUAUUGAAAAGCUGCAAAUACUUGAAGCUGAAAAGAAAAAAAUCAAGCAAGAUUAUGAACGAAAAGCCAAACAAAUUGACGUUCGCAGAAAAAUUGAAUACUCAACACAACUGAAUGCAUCCCGAAUAAAAGUUCUUCAAGCACAAGAUGAUGCAGUGAAUUCCAUGAAGGACGCUGCUAGAACGGCUCUUUCAGAUAUCUCAAACGACAAGAAAGUAUACAGAAAACUCGUCAAAGACAUGAUGAUUCAGGGUUUACUACGCUUGAGGGAACCAUCUGUGCUAAUAAGAUGCAGAGAGAGUGAUCGUAAGUUAGUUGAGUCCUUGGUAGAGGAAGCCAAAAAAGAAUAUUCAGAGAAAGCAAGUGUGCAAGCUCCUAAGAUUACCCUUGAUGAUCGUGUUUAUCUCCCACCACCACCUAAGAAUAAUGCUGCCACGGAUUCUCUUGAACCCUUUUGCUCUGGAGGAAUAGUUUUGGCCUCAGAGGAUGGAAAGAUUGUGCUGGAAAACACCCUCGAUGCACGGUUGGAUGUUAUUUUUCGACAGAAACUGCCCGAGGCAUAUAAGGAAGAUGCUGUUAGCUGGAGUUUGAACACAACAUGCUGCAGUUUGAAAUUGAAGAUCAAGUGA